AUGGUGAUAGAGUGCCAUCCUUCCACAGCAGUUCAGGCGUUCAAGUUAGCUAUGACCCAAGGGACACCGUUCCAUACCAGUCUGGUGGUGAACACGCCGAAGACAAUGGACGAGUUGAAUGAGAGAGCUGAUGGUUUCGUGCGCCUAGAAGAAGAAGAAGCAGCUAAUGCUAGGAAGUCAUCUAUCAUCUCCACGGAAGAGAAGUCUAAAGCGAAGAUACGACAGAAGCAAGGUCCUAUGCAGCGUCAGACCUCCUGGAAGGCAGAGAAGAGACCUAGGGAGGAUGACUUGGUUACUCCACUCAAAGUUACGCUGGCAAGGCUAUACCAAGAGAACAAAGAUAAGAACUUAAGGAGACAAGUGGAGAUGCUGAUCGCUAGGGGAGAGUUUGCAGGGUAUGCUCAAAGACCAACCCAAGAGCAGAAUCGACCAAUUGAGCAAGUCAAAAGAAAUCAAAAGCCGAAUCACCAUAACAUUCAGCCCGUUCGGAUUAUAAAUGCGAUUCAUGGUCAACCUAAACGAGCCGAAGAGUCCGAAGAAUUGACCCGAACGCGUCUUCGACAAGCACAAAUGAAGAGAAGAAUAGGCAGUGUCAACACUCUGUACCAGCAGAGCGCAUCAACACAGAUAAGAUUCGAUAAAGCGGACUUGAUGCGAGUUCAGAUUCCUCAUGAAGACCCCCUGGUCAUUAGUUUAACAGUGGCAGAAUGUUUGGUACGAAGGGUGCUAAUUGAUCCAGGAAGCAGUGCUAAUAUAAUGCCUAGAGUCACCUUCGAUCGGCUGGAAAUCAAACCAGAAGAGCUCAAGUGUACUGGGAAUCCACUAUUGGGAUUUGAUGGAAAACGAGUUGAACUGAUCGGUACAGUAGAGUUGCUUAUCCGGGCAGCCGAACAAGACCUUAUCGAGAGCUUUGUGGUGGUGGAGAUCCAUCCUUUUUUACAAUCUACUGAUGGGGAGAGGGUGGAUUCAUAG